AAUUUUAUUAUUUUUUUAUCAAUAUAUUCUUGAUGCACAGUCAAAAGAAAAAAUGGAAGGAAAAUUUGUAAAAUCUCUUUAUUUUAACGUGAGUAAAAAGAAUGCGCUUUAAUCUGAACAUUCUGUUUUGUUAACAAUAUAAGAGACAUGAAAACCUUGUUUGGCGAGACAGCGAGACAAUCACUGAUACCCAUUGAGGUAUAAAAUGAACAAAAAUGCAUGUAUUUAUAUGUGACAGAUGACAGAUGAUUUUGGCAGUGGCACCAAAAAUCGCAGUUAUCUUGCUGCCGUUGCUGCUCGAUAAUGGCACCUAAUCCUGAAAUUGUGUAUGCAGGUGUCAUUCAGGAACGACAAAAAUGCUACGAGCCGCGAGUCAACGGUGCAUAUGCACAUACAUAUAUGUGAGCUGGUGUGCGCGCAACAGGUUGUCGGACGGUGUUGGAAAUUUUUUUCCGCAAUGUGCUUGCAUGCUUGGAAACACGCAUGCACGCAUCCAUGCACGUACAUACAAUGUACAUAGCGUUCAAUCCCGCCCGAUUAAUUCGAGUACAUUAGGAAUUUUCGGAAGUGGCUAGCCACGAAAAAUCGCGCUCCGUAUUCAUUUUUUGUGCGAUAGAAAGUCUAUCACUUCCCACACGAUUCAUCUUGCCUCGAUCCUUAAAAUACCCUCUGAACGUCUUUAGGACGAUCCUGCAUGGAUGUCUGUGCCGAGCCGAUGCACGAUGUAUGAGCUGGUAUGAGCUCGCAGUAGAAUGUUCAUCUUUUCUUUUAUUUCCACUUCUAUAGUUCUAUGUCUCUAAUAGCUCUCUCUCUCUCUCUCUCUCUCUCUCUCUCUCUCUCUCUCUCUCUCUCUUUCUCUUUCUCUCUCUCUGCCCCCCCUCUCUCUCCCUUCCCUUCUCUCUCUUUCUCUGUUUAUAUCCUCUAGCCUCCACCUCCACCAGUAUCAACCAGUAUCUCGAAACUUGCUUUCGGAGGCAUACGAUGAGCCUGCACAUGUCAUUAAGUUCCUCCGCAAAGGAAUCUCGCUCGCGACGCGCAUACCAGCGCACACCAGCGUAUACUCCAUUCAUGAAAGAGACGUCACGGGACUCACGGGGUCAACCGAGUUGUAGCGCAAGUCGCAAAUGAUGAAUUAAGGUUAUGUAUCAAGAUCGGGAUAUACGCGGCAAGUACAUGUUCGUAAACACGUUCAUUUCGCGUGUGAUGAUUCCACAUAGGGUGUGUUCGAGGAGACGCUAUUAGCGCUAUCAGCAUCAGUUUAUCUUUGUUCUACUUUUAAUGAGUAAUGAAGAUGGACUGAUGCUGGUAGCGCUAAUAGCGUCUCCCCGAACGCACCCAUAAGGUGUACUUUUGAUUAGUAUAUAUGGUGCGCGCGAACGCGAACGCAAGCGCGAGCGACUUGUGGAAGCUGCGUGUUUACACAACGCACCUGGGAUUGCCUUGCAUUGCCUGCGAUCUGCGAUGCGUACCGUCGAUUAUUCGAGGGAGGGACGAUGUGCGUUGCAAAUAAUUCAACUUUGCGCCUCUUGCAUUCUUUUAUAUCUGUUUAACUCUUAUUACGUUUCUCGAGGAGAGAGAUUGUUCGCUGUUUACGAGCGCGUUGGAGGUCAUAUGCCUGUUAUUCACGUUAUAUGCGUGUACCAAAUAAAAUAAUAAAUGAUCAUGGUGACUGUUAAGUAUAUCCAAGUUUGCGCGCGUUGAAACGCGUGAUGAAACGCGUAUCGUUCGCCAAAGACAUUUUACUGUGAAUUUACUGUUGUUUGUUCUCUGUAAUCGCACCAAAACGAGCGCAUCGAUAAAAUUCUUUGGUAUAAUCCAGAGUAAUUGUGCCAUAAAUUUCAAAAUUACAACCACAUAGGUUAUUGUUUAUAUUACGAACCUUCUUCGGAUAGACAAUAUGCAACCUAAAAAGUAUUAUAAUUAUAUAAAUAUUAUAUAUAAAUGGAAUAUACUAUUUAUUAAGAUUGGGUGUAAAAUAUAAAUUACCUGCAUUACGUGCAUACAAUGUAAAUUAUAUGAAGAUAUAAUACAAUACUAGAUAGCGUCAUCUAUAUAAUCAAUAAUUUAUGAAUCAGUGAACCUUUAGAUUUCACCAGAAAAAUAGUAGAAAUUAUUUCAUUUUUAAUUUUUAACAUUAUUUAUAUUUAUUUUAUCAAGAUUAAAAAUUCAGAUAUUAACAAUGUUUUCAAACUAAACGAUGUGUAAAUAAUCCAUGGAGAUGCAGUAUUAAAAUUUACAGCACAAUUGUAAUGAAUUGUUUAGGUUUACACAAACCUUUUUCAUAUGCAAUAUGCAAUGACAAUUAGAUAUAAUAAAAUAAAAUACAGAAAAAAUAAUAAGUUUUAGAAUUGUUAAUAAAUGAUACAAAACGAUAUAUAAAAAAUAGACACAUGAUAUACUAAUCUAAAAGUAUUCUGUACAUUACUUUGUAUCUUCACUGUGAACUUUUAAAUGACAAACAACGUAGUACUUGGUUGUAAUAUGUAGUCACAGUUAUAAUAUAAGAAAAAAAAUGUCAAGAUUUUUUAACCAUUAUUUUUUUUACAGUAAAUGUUAAAAAUUUUGUUGAACUGAAUAAUAGCAAAUAAAAAUAAAAUUACAAACAAAAUAUAAACUUACGAUAUUUCUAUCUAACGAAUUAUGAAUCUAUGAUUUAUAAAUCGCUCAUUGUUUACACAGAUGACAUUAAACAUAAUUUAAAUUACAUACAUACACGUAGAUAAUUUCACAUGUAAGAGCCCUGAUGUAAAUUCACUGCAUGUGUCUGCAAUGGCAAAUUACGUGAAUAAAUUUCUGUAUUUAAAUUUAUUUAUUAUAUAUUCAAAAUGAUAUUUUGUCUUAUAGUAAAUAAACAUGGGGGAUGAAUAGAAAAAAUUUAUCUGGUGCUGUUUUUUUAUCCAUAAAGUCUUAUUAAAAAUCAAUAAAAGUUUACAAUUUUAUACUAUUUAAUGUGUUGUGUUGUGUUGUGUGUGUGUGUGUGUGUGUGUGUGUGUGUGUGUGUGUGUGUGUGUGUGUGUGUGAAAAUUACUAUAUAAUUAAUAAUCAUACAUUUUUUCAGGCUGUCUCUGAUAUUACUCAUAAUUUCAUACAUUUCCUUACAUUAAUACGACAUUUACACGUUGAUGUUAUCUCUCUCUGAAUCAUUCGAGAUUAGGCUAAGAAAGACAUCAGUGAUAUAUAAGUGAAGCAGAGCUUGUGUGACAUGAUUGAUAUCAUCUUUUUUAGAUAUCAGAAAAAAUAUUUUCAGGAGUGAGAGUUUUUCAAUGUUUUUAAAGACUCUUUAGUUGAUGAACAUUGUGCACACACACACGCGCGCACACACAGUAUAUGUAUUAUAUAUCCAUAUAAAAGAUAUAAGAGAAACGGAAACACAACAUGGAUAGAGAACAUGGUGCUACCUAUGCAGGAUGUGAUAGCCACCUACUCGAAUACUGGGAGGAAUAUCAGAAAAUGAUAGAGGAAACAAAAAUAUUGGAUGAUUAUUUAGAUGAAGAGUGCAGCCCCCGAAGUUAUGAUGAAGGAGAAGAAGAAGCUGAAUGGUUACGUGCAGCAGGCUUAGAGCAAUUAACAGAGGCAUGGAAAGCAGGCAGGGAAGUGCAACCUGAAGAAUUAGGAGUGGCUUUACGUCCUCUAUCGCGGGUCCAAGCAGAGGUUGUGAAACGUCGCGUGAGAUCACUUAACCAUACAGUCAAGCAACGUUUUAAUCAGCGCCAACGUAUUCGCAAACCAGAUAUUAGAGAUGUUUUUAAAGAUGUAGAGGUAUCCAGCACAGGUACGCGAUCACGUAGUGCCACACCUGAUUCUUUAGAUUCAAUUCGGGGCGCUACACCAGAAAACGCAUCACCUCCUUCACCUCCGACAGUCACUGUGAUUGAAGAUGUGCAUCAAAAUGCUAGUGUUCCAAGUUUUGUUUCUAUGUUCCAUCGAACAUCAAAUGAAGGAAAAGUAACGGUUCGUAGGACACCAAGUGUCCCCCAAACAGUUCUCAAUUCUAUUCCAGUAUCUACUCCAACUUCUGUACCCGUACAAGAAAUUUUUAGGAGAACUGGCAAUUGGUCAAGGGGCAAUGUUGCAAAUGAUUCUGAAGGAAUUCAGUUAACCGGCUAUCAUAGAUUAGGAACGAUACACAUUGCCAGGCCAAUUCAAAGGCAUAAUAAUGAUAUUAAUGAUGUGGCAAAUUUUGAUGCCGAGUCAGUUAGAAAAUUAACUGUACCAAAAGAAUCGACUCUUCGUCGGAGUUCGGGAAAUCACACAGCAGUAACGCGAAGUCACAGCAGUUUAUACGGCUUGACCAGACCGGCGGAUGGAAACUUAAUAGCUCGUCCAUUAAGUCGUACAUCGUCACACGGUCAUCUUAGUUUCGAAGAGAUGUGUAAAACUAAUGAGGCCAAAUCUCAGGUGUGGUCCUCCGACAGUCUCAUGACCGAUGAUGAUUAUGCUCGGCAAGAUGUAGAAUUGUUGUCGCAACGAGAUUUUACAAAAUUACAGCCCCUUUUAUGGCUCGAAUUAACGGCGAUUUUUGAUAAAUAUAAUAUACCUCUUACAAGACGAAAACCUAAUAAGCGACGGAGGAAAACUGGAAAUUUGUUUGGCGUUUCUUUAUCGACGUUACUACUUAGGGACAGUCAAUUAACAAGCGAAGAGAACAACAUACCACUGGUAUUUCAAAAGAUUCUUAAUGAACUGACAAAACGUGGAAUAAAAGAAGAAGGUAUUCUUCGUGUUGGAGGCCAUAAGCAGAAGGUGGAAAUAAUUUGUAUAGAACUAGAAACAGAUUUUUAUUGUAAACCAAAGGAAAUGGACAAGUUGUUUAAACAUACUCCAUGUCACGAUUUGUCAGCUGUUUUGAAAAAAUUAUUACGAGAUUUGCCGCAACCUCUUCUUACUAUCGAAUUAAUUGAUGCUUUCUAUCAAAGUCAUGGUGUCAAGAAUCCCAAUGACUUAGUAUAUUCUCUCAAUUUGUUGGUACUAUUGCUGCCUGUUGAGCAUCGGUGUACUUUAGAAGCAUUACUGAAUUUCCUGAAGCUUGUCAUCGAAAAUCAAGCAUCGAACAAAAUGUCAAUACAUAAUGUAGCAAUGAUAGUGGCACCAUCGCUCUUUCCACCCCGGUAUGUUCAUCCUCGAGAUCACACUGAUCUUACCGCCCAAGUUAACAUGGCCGCUAUAUGUUGUCAAGUAACGGAAGCUCUGCUUAAUAACGUCGAUAAGUUAUGGUAUGUUCCAAUGGAACUCAUUAAUCAAUUACGGAGGCAAUCCGAGGUAGAUAGAUAUCGCAAAUACAAGAAAAAAUAUUUUUGAUUAUAAUUAGAUAAUUUGGGUUAUUUUAUACACACACACACACACACACACAAUAUAUUUUUACAUAUGUAUAAUUUGAAACUUACAUUUAUAUUAGUGGAUAGAUUGUGCAACACAUAUUGACAGAUCAAAUUUUGUAAGGAUGAUUUUAAAGCCAUUCUACAUAAGACGCAGGUCGCAAAGUUUAUAGGCACAUUACUCGCAAAUGCAGACUCGAUAGCCUACUAGAAUUGUCAGUAAUAUUAUUAACGCUUUUAUUUGGCUGUCGCAUCCGCGUUUGCGUCUUACGUAGAAUGUGACCAUUAGGUGAUUCUAAAAGUAUGUUGCACACAUAAAAUAUUCUGAAUAAAUAAUAAUAAUAAUGUCUAUCUACGUAUCAUGAGAUGUGCAUUAUCUUUCGUUUUUUAAUAAAUUCUAAGAUGUACAAUUAAUUAAUGUUACAUAAACAAGUUUUUUCAUUAGUUAAUUAUGAGUAGUACUACAUUUCAUUUCAUCGUUAUAUUUAACUAUUUACUAAUUCGUCUGAAAAUGCCAUAAUUUAACAUAUAGAUUUUUCUCUGUUAGUAGAUUAAAAAUUAAAUAAAACGUUUUUUUGCGAGAACAAAUUUUUUAUACGUAAUACAAGUAAGUUGAGAAAUUUUAUUUUAGUUGAGAUCUUAUAUUGCAACAAAUAUGGAUUGUAUAUUAUGAUUGUAUUAAGUAUAAAUUCACAAAAGAAUAUUUAUAUUCUUUUAUUGUAUCCAUAAAUUGUAUUCUGUUUCUUAAAUAUAAAUUUUAUUCUAUUAUAUAUUUAUGAUUGGUAAUAUAGCAAGAUAAAAUAUAUAACAGUACAUUCACGUAUUACGUAAUUUUUUAUAUUAUAUAAUACAAGUGGCGUUUCAGAUGUUAUAGCAUUAAAUUUCAUAAUUUAUUAUAAUAUUGUUAAUUACAUUAAUCUGUACGUGGAACCUCAUUAGAAUAAUUAGAAUUUUAAUUCUUUGAAACAUAUUUGUUUUCAAUUAAAUUACGCGACAGUUUAAUAGAAUCAACUGGUAACAGUGAUAUCUUGGUAUGUAAAAAAAUGCAUAGCAGACUAGCAUUGGGAGAGAUAUAUAUUAUUAGGUUUUAGUAUAUUUUUAAAGAAUCUAAGAUGGCGUUUAGUAUCAUUUAUUAUGUGUGAUCACAAUCAUUUCAUAUUUAUCCGAUGAUAUCAGUAAUGUGUCUAAGGUUUAUAGGAUUGGAAACUAUUGGAAACAACCAAAAUCCAUUAUAUAUAAUAUGUGAAGUAACAUUAUGAAGACAAAAAGAUAACAUUUUGAGAAUGUGUGUAAUUAUUGUGACAUGUUUUCAAAAAGUUUAGUAUUAUUUUUACCAUUUGAUACGCCAUAUUAUUAUAAGACUUUGUAUGUAUGUAUGUAUUUCGUAAAUUUUUAUAUUCGCGUUAAUAAAGUGCCAAAGAAAACAAAA